GGGGCUGGAUUGGGACGUCGCAGCUGGGAGCAGCUAUGGGGGACGUCUUCAUCCGUCAUAUCGAGCUACUGGGCUACGAGAAAAGGUUUUUCCCCAGCCAGCACUACGUCUACAUGUUCCUGGUGAAGUGGAACGACCUCUCUGAAAAGCUCGUCUACCGCCGCUUUACCGAGAUAUACGAGUUCCACAAAGCGCUGAAGGAGAUGUUCCCCAUUGAAUCCGGGGACAUCAACAUGGAGAACCGGAUCAUCCCGCACUUGCCAGCCCCAAAGUGGUUUGAUGGGCAGCGCUCGACCCAGAACAGGCAGGGCACUCUGGCUGAGUACUGCUACGCCCUGGUCAAUCUGCCCCACAAGAUCUCCCGGUGCCUGCAUGUGGUCAACUUCUUCAAGGUCCGUCCCAACGACAUGAACCCCGUCACGGACAGCCAGAUCAAGAAGCCCGAGGUCUUCCUCCUGCCGAAGGAUGCCACAAAAAACUCCACUGACAUCACGGGCCCCAUCGUCCUCCAAACGUAUCGAGCCAUCGCUGACUAUGAGAAGAGCUCCACAUCCGAGAUGGCUCUAAGAGCUGGGGACAUGGUGGACGUCGUGGAGAAGAGCGAGAGCGGUAUGUGUUCAUUCCUCCGGCGUGCCCCCAAGGGCCAGUCCCCUCCUGGCCACCUGGAGCCGAUGGACGGUCCCGAUGAGUCCGAAGAGCAGGAGCCCAACUACGCAGGUGAGCAGUACGUCGUCCAGAAAAGCUACACAGCUGUGGAGGAAGACGAGCUGACCCUCAAGGAAGGUGACACCAUUGAAGUCAUCCACAAGCUCCUCGAUGGCUGGUGGGUCAUCAGGAAGGAUGAAGCCACGGGUUAUUACCCCUCCAUGUACCUUCAGAAAUCCGGGGAUGUGAACACCUCCAUGAAGAGUGAGCUGAGGAACCGGAGCGCUCCUCCACGGAGAUCCACCAUCCGAAACGCAAAAAGCAUCCACAAGCAGAGCCGGAAGCAGAUCAGCCAGGAGACCUACAGGAGGAACAGCAGGAAGUACAUCCAGAGCCGGAGGAACAUGAAAGGAAAUUUCCAGAACAAGGCCAAUGUCAUCAUUGAGAAAAAUGAGCGAGAGGAGAACAAGCCCAAGGCUCAACCUGCUGUUCCUCCCCGUCCCAGCAAAGACCUCAUCCUGAACCGCCAGGGCUCAGAGCCAGACCAGGGGACCCAGGACCCAGGCAACCCAGCAGGCUGCUGGCCAGAUGGGCACAGCCCAGUGCCCAUCUUCAUCCACCAGCACAGCAAGCCCAAGGUGCCCUAA